AUGUCGUCUUCCUUUGAACCUUCACUCUCGACGAGUGGUAUGCGGCCACCUCUCGCAUCAGCAGAUGCCCCAUCAAUGGCCGACACGCUUCCCAGCAUCAAUUUCGGGUUUGAGGAUCUGCGUAAUCGCAUGGCUCAAUUCACCGCUAGGUUUGAUGCAUUCAUCGAGCGAGGACGGAAACAAGUAUUGGAGGAGCGAAACCAAUUCAGAAUAGGACUAGCAGAGUUGCAAGAGGACCAACGCAUGAAAAAGAGAGAUGUUGAGAUUCUUGAUCUCAAGGCACAGACUCAUGAGCAGACCCUCCAGAAAGAAGCUGCCGAAGCUGCUGAAAUGCAUGCUGCCAUUUCAUCCGUCACUCUGGAACGCGACUCCCGUCUCGCGAAGCGCGACCGUCUCAAGCAGCAAAUUGAUGAAACACAGAUUGCCAUUAACCAGAGGCUUGAAGCUCAGAAAGCCCAUGCUCGACAUCUGGACGCCCAGUCCCGACUGAAUGUCCCCGAACUAGAUUUCUGGCAGGAUUAUCUAUGUUUACGCAUCGAAGGUGCCGGGCGAGAAGAUCGGCUCAAGUUUGUUUACAGUCACCUGCUUGAGAAAGACUGGGAUACAGAAGCAUGGUUUGAAUUGGGCACCGCUAGUCGUGAUUACGAAGUUUUCCACACGCGGCCCAGAGUGAGCAGAGAAGCUCUAGAUCAGGAGAUGGAUAUCUUAAAUGAGGACCGUGAUUUUGGGGCGUUUCUAAAAAGAAUGCGCAAGCUACUCAUUGGAAAUCUGAAAUAG